AACAUCGUAAAAUACUGCAAACCGUUCAGACUGGUGAUUGAGUGAACUACUGCUACAGACACACUAACGUCAGUCCACUUGGGAACACAAAGGGGCUUUCGUCAGGCUUGUUUUGUCGCUUCCGUUAGGACGGACUCGGAGUAUGCGGAACUCCUUGCAGACGGAUGAUGAUGAAGAGGAUGUUGUGAAGGCAGGUUGUAACAGACCGAGGCAGCGCUCAACGAGCGCGGAGGCUUACACACAGUCCGCAUCGUUUCUUAGACGGAGAAGCGAGCCUUUUCAGCCGUCGUCCUUGGUCAAUGUUUCCCAUGAAACACCGUAUUCUGAAAGACAGAAGGGCGAAUUCAGACCAACAGCGCUACCCCCUCUCACCGAGACCGAAGAGAGCACCCACCACCCAGGCCGUCAUCAGCAGCUGGCUUGGCAGCGAACGUUAGCGGCUAAUCGGCUAAUGUAAGCAGGUUUGACCCUUUCUUUUUGAACCAUCACAAUGGUGAUGGCGUGUUUCACAUUUAUGCCUGAGAUUUCCCAGUUGUGAUGGAAAGGCACCAGUGACUCAAGAGGGAACAUAAAUCCUGGAUGCCGUGACGUACAGGACGUGGGCAGUCCAAGAUGGAGAAAAAGAAAAUGUGCCCUCGUCUGCUUGACUACCUGGUGGUGGUCGGAGCAAGGCAACCAAGUAGUGACAGUGUGGCCCAGACACCACAGCUCCUUCGCCGCUACCCGCUGGAGGACCACCACGACUUCCCGCUCCCACCAGACGUGGUGUUCUUCUGCCAACCAGAAGGCUGCCUGAGUAUACGCCAGCGCAGGGUUAGCCUUCGCGACGACUCCUCCUUUGUUUUCACACUAACCGACAAGGACUCCGGGAUCACCCGCUACGGAAUCUGUGUCAACUUCUACCGCUCUUUUCAACGAGGACAUCACCGCACCCGUGGGGACAAGAGCGGCCAUUCGGAGACAGCAGCAAAGGCGGCGGAGACUGCCAGCGAAGGGUCGGAUGGCAGCGGCGGGGGCCCACCCUCCGCGUUAUCGCCGCCUAACAGUGCUGAGUCAGCGCCUCCACCUGCCUCUGGAGAAGAGAGCAGCGAACAACCAGGUCCCGAGCUAAAUGCUGGCAAAUCCCCACAGCACAGACGAAGUGCUGCCAAGAUGGCAGCCAGGAACCGCAACAGCACGCUGACCUCGCUGUGCGUACUCAGCCACUACCCCUUCUUCUCCACCUUCAGGGAAUGCUUAUAUAUUCUCAAGAGGCUGGUGGAUUGCUGCAGUCAGAGGCUGACUCAGCGAGCUGGGCUACCUCGCGCCACCCAGAGGGACACCAUGUGGCGGGUGUUCACAGGGGCGCUGUCGGUGGAGGAGAAAGGCAGCCAGCUGCUGGCUGACCUGCGGGAAAUUGAGUCCUGGAUUUACCGGUUGCUGCGUUCACCGGUGCCAGUGGCGGGUCAGAGGCGUGUGGAUGUGGAAGUCUUACCCCAUGAACUCAAACGGCCUCUCACCUUUGCUUUGCCUGACAACUCUCGCUUCUCCAUGGUCGACUUCCCCUUGCACCUGCCCCUAGAGCUGCUGGGCGUGGACGCCUGUCUGCAGGUCCUCAGCUGUGUCUUGCUAGAGCACAAGGUCAUUCUUCAAUCCAGGGAUUACAAUGCUUUGUCUAUGAGCGUCAUGGCCUUUGUGGCCAUGAUCUACCCUCUGGAGUACAUGUUUCCCGUCAUCCCCUUACUGCCAACAUGCAUGGCCUCUGCUGAACAGCUCCUUCUUGCUCCCACUCCUUACAUUAUAGGUGUGCCAGCCAGCUUCUUCCUCUACAAAUCUGAUUUCAAAAUGCCAGAUGAUGUGUGGCUUGUAGACCUUGACAGCAGCAAGGUUGUAGCACCCACCAAUGCAGAGAUUCUACCACCUCUUCCAGAGCCUGAAGCAGGCGAGCUUAAGAAGCACCUGAAGCAGUGUCUGGUUAGGUUGACCGUGAUCACCCAAAAGCAGAUCUUCUCCUCUGAAAAUAAGGCCUUGGCCAGUAUGAGUUUGAACACCCAGCCCAUUCUGAACCUGGAGAAGUUCCAGGAAGGUCAGGAGAUGCCCCUGCUGCCACCUGGGCGAGAUAAAGCUUCACCGUCCUCCACAGAGUUCAACCCUCUAAUUUACGGCAACGACGUUGACUCUGUGGAUGUAGCCACCAGGGUUGCCAUGGUACGGUUCUUCAACUCCCCUAAUGUUCUCCAGGGGUUUCAGAUGCACACUCGGACCUUGCGCCUCUUCCCUCGGCCCGUGGUGGCUUUUCAGUCAUCUUCUUUUCUUGCAUCUCGACCACGACGCAGUGGCUUUGCAGAUAAACUUUCUCACACCCAAGCAGUGGAGUUCUAUGGAGAAUGGGCCCUCAAUCCCUCCAACCUGGCCUUUCAGAGGAUACAUAACAAUGUGUUUGAUCCCUCCCUAAUUGGAGACAAGCCCAAGUGGUAUGCUCACCAGCUACAGCCAGUAGUCUACCGAGUGUAUGACGGCAGCUCCCAGCUGGUUGAAGCUAUGGCUGGUCCCUUGGAGGAUGAGGGCAAUGAAUCUGACCCCACAGACAGUGGUAGUGACAGUGAGGCGUACGAUGACUCCAGCUCAUCUUAUUCCUCACUUGGAGACCUUGUGAGUGAGAUGAUCCAGGGUGACAUCCAGGGCGACACAACAAGCUUGGACCCGCCUACCCAUGCCGCACUGGGAGAUGCUAGUGAGGUUGAGUUUCAAGACUUCAGGGAGGACUUCAGGGAGGGUCCUGGCUCGGAUGGUCCACCCAUCGGGGACGGACCUGCCGAACCCUCUGAUGGACAGCCUCUUCGCUCCAGCUCCAGUACAACUGCAAGCUCAAGUCCCAGCACAAUCAUCCAGGGAGUCAACCAUGAGCAGGGGGAAGCUCCUGAAAUUGAAGCAUCAGCAAGUGCUGCCUUGCAGAACCCGGUCCCCGCUUUGGGUAGUCAACCAUUUCUCAGACCUCCAGCCGACGCUGGCCUGGUGGACGCAGCCAACAAAAAACAAGAGUACGACAACCCAUAUUUUGAGCCUCAAUACGGUUUCCCCUCGGAGGAUGACCCUGAUGCAGAAGAACAAGUGGAGUCAUACACCCCUCGAUUCAACCAGAACCUCAAUGGCAACAAGGCACAGCGUCCAUUACGUCCAAGCAGCCUGAGGCUUCCAGGAGAAUCUGAUGGGGAGGGAGACUCCCGCACCAGCUCGCCAAACUCCACCAUUUCCAACAGCAGCAAUGAUGGAUUUGGAGGGCUCAUGUCUUUUGCCAGCAAUCUUUACAAGAACCACGGCACCAGUUUCAGUCUGUCCAAUCUUGCGCUUCCCAACAAGGCUGCGAGGGACAAAGCAACACCUUUCCCCAGUCUAAAAGGUGCACGCGCACCUCGAGCGCUCGUGGACCAGAAGUCUUCGGUAAUCAAGCACAGUCCGACAGUGAAGAGAGAAUCGCCCUCUCCUCAGGGUCGAGUCAAUAACACGAGUGAGAACCAGCAGUUCUUGAAGGAAGUGGUGCAGAGCGUUCUGGAUGGUCAGGGCGUCGGCUGGCUCAACAUGAAGAAAGUGCGCCGCCUGUUGGAGAACGAGCAGCUUCGCGUCUUUGUGCUGAGUAAGCUGAACAGAGCCAUCCAGUCAGAGGAAGAUGCCAGACAGGAGAUCAUACGUGAUGUGGAGGUGAGCAGAAAGGUGUACAAAGGCAUGCUGGACAUCUUGAAGUGCACGGUUUCCAGUCUGGAGCACUCUUACACUAAUGCAGGCCUCGGAGGAAUGGCCAGUGUCUUCAGCUUAUUGGAAAUAGCGCGCACACAUUAUCAAACCAAAGACCCAGAAAAACGCAAGCGAAGCCCCACAGACAGUGCUGGCAGCCCGGGGAGUAAAGAGAGUCCUUCUGCUCAUAUGGAGACUGCCAGACCUCAGGGCCUUCUAAAUGUUCCCCACCUGCAGCUGCCGCACCACACAACGGGCAAAGGAGCCCGCCAUUUUGAUACCCGGAGUCUGAAUGAGGAGAACUUUAUUGCCUCGAUUGAAUUGUGGAGCAAGCACCAGGAUAAGCAAAAAGCUAUGGAAAAACCACAGAGGUCUGAAGGCGCAAAGCAGCAGCGCCCCCAAGUGGCUGAUGCAGAGGAGAAGAAGUCACAGAUCAGUGCUGACAGUGGCCUCAGUGUCACAUCUGGAUCUCAGAAGAGCGACACAGAGUCUGUAACGAGCUCUGAACCACCAAUCCUGACAAGAAGCACCAGCCAGGACUCUGAGGCCAGCACAGUGAUAAGCAAUAGCUCUGGAGAGACUCUUGGAGCUGACAGUGACCUGAGCAGCACAGCAGGAGACGGUCCUGGUGGGAGAGUCGCUCCUCACUUAAACCAGUCCAGAGGGACUCUGUCAGACAGUGAGAUUGAAACCAAUCCAGCCACCAGCACAGUGUUUGGAAAGACCCACACUCUCAAAGCAAAUGCAAAAGAUCAUGUGCCGAGUAUGGCAAAGGGGCCAGCUGCACAGCCCGUGGAGGACAUGAGUACGAGGAUUUACCUUUGUGAAGGCCUGCUGGGCCGCGAUAAGAGCUCCGUUUGGGAUCAACUAGAGGAUGCUGCCAUGGAAACCUUUUCUUUAAGUAAGGAGCGCUCCACACUCUGGGACCAGAUGCAGUUCUGGGAGGACGCCUUCCUAGAUGCUGUGAUGUUGGAGCGUGAGGGCAUGGGUAUGGACCAGGGACCCCAGGAGAUGAUUGAAAGAUACUUGUCAUUAGGAGAACAUGACCGCAAGCGUCUGGAGGACGAUGAAGACAGACUUCUGGCCACCCUGCUGCACAACAUGAUUGCAUACAUGCUAAUGAUGAAAUUGAACAAAAAUGACAUCAGGAAGAAAGUGAGGCGUCUGAUGGGGAAGUCCCACAUUGGCCUCACAUACAGCCAAGAGAUCAAUGAGAUGCUGGACAAACUGGUCACCAUGAACGGCCGUGAGCUGCCUAUCAGGCCCAGUGGAAGCCGCCACAUCAAGAAGCAAACAUUUGUCGUACACGCCGGCACUGAUACUACAGGAGACAUCUUUUUCAUGGAGGUUUGUGAUGACUGCAUAGUCCUGCGCAGCAACAUCGGCACAGUUUACGAGCGCUGGUGGUACGAGAAGCUAAUCAACAUGACUUACUGCCCCAAGACCAAGGUGCUGUGUCUCUGGAGACGCAACGGCCAAGAGACGCAGCUCAAUAAGUUCUAUACCAAAAAGUGUCGUGAGCUGUACUACUGUGUCAAAGACAGUAUGGAAAGAGCAGCAGCAAGACAGCAAAGCAUUAAACCAGGUCCGGAGCUGGGGGGAGAGUUCCCCGUCCAGGACAUGAAAACUGGUGAAGGUGGACUCCUGCAGGUCACCUUGGAAGGAAUCAACCUUAAAUUCAUGCACAGCCAGGUUUUCAUAGAGCUGAGUCACAUUAAAAAGUGCAAUACAGUGAAGGGAGUCUUUGUCCUGGAGGAAUUUGUUCCUGAAACUAAAGAAGUGGUGAUCCACAAGUACAAGACCCCCAUGGCACAUCAGAUCUGUUACUCGGUCCUCUGUCUUUUCUCCUACGUGGCGGCAGUGAAGGGGAAGGAGGCGGAAGGAAAACCCAAGAUUCUGUCACCGAGACCCCUUCCUAGCUAGUCCACACCCGCACCCUCCCCUCCCCUCCUCGCCCUCUUGGUGUGCCUCUCUACUUGAAAUGGCAUCUCAGCUCUAAAACCACAGACUUCUGACAAUCCCUAACUUUACUCUAAGCACACGAUCUCCGCUCCCUCCUCCUGUAUAUACAAGCCUGAGACCCUUUUUCGACCCUGUUGUGUAGACGUGUUUGGUGUGUGAAGUCAUGUAAAUACUUCUGAUCCCUCGUUGCUGUCGUCCUGAUGAUCAUACCAACUAGCUAAAUGUUUGCCUGCUCCUUAACUUGGGGGAAGCGACUCGCCUCGAGCUCCUCUCCUCAGUGUGAAAGUCUUCUACUGUUCCCGCUGCCAAGAACCAGCUGUUUUUACCGAUGGGGGCAGGGGGGAGGGGCGUGAGGGGCUAGCCCCGAGGCCAGAGUGCAUGCAGGUCCCGUGCACAGCCUCGACAAUUCACUACAGAGUAGCUUCCCGCCUCCUGCCUGUCACCAUACGACUGUGUGAGUUAUUCUGUGGUAUGUGGUUACUGUAAAAGUUCCAGUCUGUCCAAGCUGAAUCUGGUGAAACAUCCAGAGACCCUCUUGUAGUGCAGGACAUCCCCUAAAAUGCUACUGUAUACUGCACCGGAGCACCGCAUGUAAACGCUUCUUAAAAGUGUUUGAACCCUACAAUAAUGUGAGUGUUCUCAGAUGUGUUCUCUUGCCCGAUAUCGGCCCCCCCGGGCUGAAUUACUGUUCUAGUUCUACUGUAAAACUUCUCGUCUGUGGUCUGUGUUAUCACUUGCAUGUUAAUAUGAGGAUGAAAAAUAAAUAUUAUAUAUAUUUCUAUAUAUAGUAUUUAUUUAAUAUAUACAUAUAUUGACUGUACAUUUCUCUGGAAAAAAAAAAUGUUACAAAUUGUUAAUUUGCUAGAUGUGCAAUACUUAAUAAGUAGUUAGCCAUUGCCAGAGCCAGGUUUUCUUAAGUUAACUGGCGUUCACAGGGUGAAGAAUGUAAGAAUAACUUUUUUUUCUAUAGUACAUAUUGAUUGAAGUGAAUAUGAUGACUUAAGUUUGACUUGACUGUUUUAAAAUUUGUCUUUUGAACUCCCGAGCGCUUACGGCCAAGAAACGGCUGCUGUGUUGCUCUCUGGGGGAGAAACUUUGCACUCAGGCCACACCCCCAAUUGGUGAUGUCACCGCAGGUGUUUUCAUACAACAGCAGGCGGUCGAGAUGCUGUGGUGAACUUCUGUGUGUUGGCAGAAAUGGUAAAGUACCUUUUUUCGUUUAAAUUCAGCCGCUACACAUCACGUGAAAUGCAAAUUUGAGCAUCUGGUUGACGAACUGAGAAGAAACCGAACCCGCCUGGUGUUACACCAUCGUGUCCAGUUAUGGUUCCCACACCCAAAGUUCAGGGAAGAUAAUUACUGUUACAACACUAAGACUUCUUCACAAUAAGAAAGAGAGCGAGAGGCUCGGACAUGUGGACACUUCUCAGUCUGAAGAUUAGCCUAAUAGUUGCCUAAUAUCUGCAGGAGACGCAUGUAGACAGCAGAACAUAGCCUGUGUGCUAAUGUUAUGUUUUAAAAUAAACUAUUUAGAUUUACAGACACAAACUUUUAAGGAUUUGGAGGACCAGUACCAAUUUGUGACUGCAGGGGGCGCUGUUUAUGUUUAUGUGGUUGCUUCUCCUAUUGUUAUUCAAAGUCUUUAAAACUGGUCAGGUUUUCCACUUAAAGGAGCAGCACGUGUUGAAGCUGUCAUCAGCCGUGCAUCCAAAUAUUGUCACAUAAACUGAUUGGGUAAAUUUCCCACAAAGAGGCAACUCCCAGAAAUGUUCAGCCAUUUUACUCGUACGUCAAAACUACUUUAAACUCCGCAUGUUCCUAACAGUUUGACCCCAGUGUCCAUGCAACAAUGCCUCUUGAGGUCCUACCAGAGCAGAAACUAGUGAUUCGUUUCAUAAUUGGUUGAUCGUUUGCUCGUAAAAGAGUUAAAACCACCUACUGUAAGUUCCCAGAGCUCCAAGCUGACUUACUAAAACUUGUCUGAGCUAAAGUACAAAAUCAAAAGUUAUUCUGUUGCCUGUCAAAAAAAAAAAACCCUGCAAAAAUAUACGUUUGAGAAGGAAUUUUUGCCCCAAAAAAAAGGACUUUAAUGUUAAGUUCUUUUUGGUGGUGUAACACCGGCGCCAUUUGGUUUGGAGUGAACUCCAUGAGAAGCCAAGGAGAUGCACCUGUUCUCACAGCACAGGUGCGGUUCUGUGACCAAAGUACAGCAUCCUCCGCGCUCACAGCAGCAGUUUUCUGCCCCGUGUUGACCCGUUCGGAUGUGUUGAAGCCUACAGCUGUGGUCACCUGCUCCCAGAGGAGGCCGUCGAGUCUUAAUGUAUUUUCUGUUCUGUGGUGGUAAAGAGCGGCUGAGCGUGAUCCCCAUCGCCGGCCUGUUAACUUUCACAGUGAAGCGCGUGUGUGUGUUUGUUGUGUGGACGUGCGUUCAUGUGGUCGACAGUUUCUCUCCAGAUCAGCAAUAUAUCGGUACAGCUAUAUCACUGGAUUAUUAUAAUUUUUUUUUGACAUGCUUGUAACUGUGCAAAGGAAGAGAAUCAGUAGGAUACUCAGAACGUGCUGUUCCAUUGCAGAACUCGAAAUGGCUCCUAAUUUGGUUUGGUUGGUGAGAAUAGUAUGCAGUUCAUUGUGCGUAAGGUAAAAGGACUUUUUGUUUUUUAAAUACACUGGAUUAUUACAAGUCAUCUCCGUCAUUGUACUAGCCAUUUGCUGUAAGGAGAGGGAAUAAAUGAAAUGAGAUGCCAGGUGUAAGUACUCCAGUAUUUGAAAUGUAUUUAUAGAAUAUGUACAGCUUUGGCAAUAUAAUAAAGUUGUCGCAAACACA